UCAGUCGUCUGUCAAAUCGCGAACGAGUUUGGUUGCGUGCCGCGUUCGUUCAUUUGUGGGUGUUUUGUUAUCAUUUGCGCGACGUCAACGUUUUCGCAAGACUUAUUCGAUUUCUGAUAAGGUUUUGGCAUUGCGUUCUUUUUACUGGUGCCGUUAAGAUACAUUAAGCCGGCCCCGGGAACUUCCCAUUCAUUAUUUCACUCGGAAGUGGAUAUUCGAGUGAAUUUCACGUUUUUAGUGCUUAGUGCUGUGAAGUGGAUCCGGUGUUGGAAAUUUUUCGCAAUUAAAGGAAAUCUAAGUUGAUUUCGGAAGUGACAAGUGAUAAAUCUUGAAGUGUUCAAUUGGAUUAACUUCGCAUUUGGAUAUGGACCCAGGUUGUGUCGUAUUGGAGGCGUGAUUCUGCUUUUCCGGCUACGGUAGGAUUCGAUCAUAUAUCAAGGAGGAUAUAACGUGUGGAAAAAUGACCUUUUGCUGCUGCAAUUAACUUUGGGUUAUCAACCAAGUGACCCUUCACCAAUCCAAGCAACUAUUAAAUGGAAAAUUAUUAAUUGGCCUAGAAAGAGCUUCACUUGAAAACGAAUAGAGAUGACAAGAUAACAAGAAGCAACGGCACAGAAACAACUUUAGCAUAGUUACGAGUAGUAAAGGGGCAAGGUGGUGUCAAAAGGUUGCAUUCUAUCGCCUCGUCGACCUAUUCCCCCCUCUUCCAAAAGUGCUCAUGUCCCGUGAACCAUUGAAAGAAUAGACAGUCUAGAGCAGCUCCUUCGCAACAAGUAGAGGAGGCGGGGAUCGGUGUUGUGCGAAAAUUCCAUUUUUAGAAUUUUUCGGAUCAAUAAAAGAAGACUGUCUUAAGACUUUCGUUCGUGUCCUGAUUGUAGUGGGUUGAUUGUCGUCAAGAAAAUAUUCUUUCACACCUACACGACGACAAACGAAAGUGGCGGACAAGAAAACGAAGGGCUUUUCUGCGAUAGAGGAGCUAGUAAGGAUAACCACAACAACAAGGACGAUAGCAGCAACAACGACGUCGACGAAGGCAACUUGUGCUAACGAUAAAAUGAGACUUCCGCACCGAACUAGAAAGACUACCCUUUGGGUGGUGCUUGGGGUGUUUGUAGUAAUCAUGUUUUUUCUCAAAUUCACCGAAUUGCGUCCGACGUGUCUUUUUCGGGAUGAACAAGUGUCAGCAAUGAUAAGGGAUGAGAAAUUUGUAGUCGGUAAUGAUAAGAAAGUAUACCCCUAUAAUCGAGCGAUGCCAUUAAUAUUCAUCGGGGGAGUUCCUAGGUCCGGAACAACAUUAAUGAGGGCUAUGUUAGAUGCUCAUCCUGAUGUCAGAUGCGGUCAGGAGACUCGAGUGAUUCCUCGAAUAUUACAAUUGCGGUCACAUUGGCUGAAGUCUGAAAAAGAGAGUGUUCGCCUUCAAGAGGCUGGAAUUAGUAAAGAAGUUAUGAACAGUGCGAUAGCACAAUUCUGUUUAGAAAUUAUCGCAAAACACGGUGAACCCGCACCUCGACUUUGUAACAAGGAUCCAUUGACGUUAAAGAUGGGUUCAUAUGUUAUAGAACUGUUCCCGAAUGCAAAAUUCUUAUUUAUGGUGAGAGAUGGUCGAGCUACUGUACAUUCGAUCAUUUCACGGAAAGUAACAAUAACAGGAUUCGAUUUGUCGAGCUAUCGGCAAUGUAUGACUAAGUGGAACCGUGCUAUUGAAGUUAUGCACGAUCAGUGUAAGGAAAUUGGAAAGAAUCAAUGUAUGAUGGUAUAUUACGAGCAGCUGGUACUGCAUCCAGAGGAGUGGAUGCGGAAAAUACUAAAAUUUUUGGAUGUACCAUGGAAUGACUCGGUGCUGCACCACGAAGAGUUUAUUAAUAAACCAAAUGGUGUGUCCUUAUCAAAAGUGGAGCGGUCAUCAGAUCAAGUUAUUAAACCUGUUAAUCUGGAAGCACUUUCAAAAUGGGUUGGACAAAUUCCCUCCGAUGUUGUUCGGGAUAUGGCCGACAUUGCGCCAAUGCUUUCCGUUCUUGGCUAUGAUCCAUAUGCUAAUCCUCCGGAUUAUGGUAAGCCUGAUUCAUGGGUACAGGAUAAUACUUUUAAGGUAAAAGCCAAUCGUAAAAUGUGGGAGCAUAAAGCAAAGCAAAUCCUGAAUAGAAAUGAUGAAAGUGAUCAUUUCGACUAUGAUACAAACACCCCGGAUACUGGUCCGGAACAAAAUGAAAAUAACGAGAAUGACAUCGAGCACAAAGGUCACCAUAACAACAUUCCCGACGACAACUAUGCGGAUACUAACCCGAAUAUUAAACAUCAUAAUAACGGAAAAACAUGAUAUCGGAUCUUGAAACGUAUUAUACAAUAAAUUUUACAUUAUGGUGAGUUUUAGUAAUUUAAUUUUCUUAUAAAAUAUCGCAAAAAUGUAAUAAAAAUAUUUUAUUGAAUAAAAAAAAACUGAAAGUAAAAAUAAAAUCAAGCACAAUAACUGGAUACUAGAAUGGCAGUGUAGUACAUGUAUAUAUUCAGAAUAAGAAAGGGGAUGACUGCGGCAACGCCAUAUAUUAAAAGUAUAGGAAUAAAAUUCGAAUAUAAUCUAUUCCAUUGAUUUUUUAUGGAAAUGCUUCCCAUUUUUCAUUGCUCAUAAAAACAUAAUUCCCACCCUAUUUAGAAUUCAUUUCAAAACGGAAUUUUCUUUACAUUUGUAAUAGCAACUGAGAAUCAUUUAAUGAAAAUUUGAUUUCAAUCUUUCAACAGAUUCAUCUUCUCAAUUGAAAUUUUGUGAUAAACUGAAAAAUGAAAUAUUCAAUUAAGCGUGUUGAAUGAUAUUCCCUUAAUUACUUCAACGACAUGCAGAUCAAACACGUUUUGUUUGUUGUUUAUUUUGACACAUUUCUAAAUUUAAAUGAAAAAUAAUCAAUUUACAGCUGUUCAAGGCAAAUAUAUUAGGCGUUUUUGAUGGCUAGAUAAAUGAAAUGAUAUAAGGAAAAUGGAAUAAAUGUAUUUUAUGCUUUCCGCAGAAGUUAGAGCGAUCAUAUUUGGAAUUCAAUUGUUUGUUGUUAUUUCGCUUGAUCCACAUCAAUUUUGAAAUAAUCUUUCUAACUAGUCAACUGUUUUGUGUUUAAUUAUGAUGGAACGAAUGGAUUAAAUGAACUAAUUCGCAAAUUAAUUUGAUGAAAGCAAAUAUGAUCAAUUGGUGAAGUGAACUAAAAACAAUUAAUUGUACAAGUGUCAGUUUUUAACGCAGUCACUCUGAAAACAUUAUUUAAGGAAGGUCAAUAUCCUGCUUUUAAGGUUAUAGCAAGUUUGGAGAGGAAUUCGAGCUUAUCGCUUUAGACAAAUGAGAACAUUUUCAGGUUAAACAGGGACACUUAUCAAAACAGAUAUUAGUUUCUUAAUAGCUUAAUGUAUAGCAACCGCUACAAGAAUGUAUUUAUUUAUUGCCAAUAUAUAAUAUUAACCAUCUAUGAUAAAUUAGCAACAACUUUAUUGCACUCAGCCUAGGACAUACAUUAUGUGCAUACUGGAAUAGUAACAGUUACAACUGACAUCAUAGCAAAACUAUAGUUUUUCUCUCUCAAAAUUGAAGUAUGGCGUCCAUGUGUAGACCCUUUUCUACUCAUUAACAUUUUUCUCUGUCCUUUCAUCUGUCUAUCCGUUUAUCAAACAUACUUUUUUCAGAAACGGUUAUACCAGCUGACAGGAAAUUUGGUAGGAAGAUUAGAACAGUAAACCGUCACGCAUAGGAUGAGUAACAUCCUUCUUAACGUAGAGGAGGGGGGUGUAUUUUUUUCACUGAAUAUGGUCACAUGUGGUAUCAAAUAAAAGUUCUCGAUUAUUCCUCUUGUGGGCUUUGAAACCAGUCUUAAAGGGGAUUAUAAAUUGACCACUUCACCACUUUUAGAUAUUCAACUCCGAAAAAGAGCUGCAAUUAUACGAUAUCUACAAACUAGCCCCCAUACCGAUAUCUGCUCGUAUAAAUUUGAUAAUAAUAUAUUAUUAUAUUUUCGGAAAGUUGAUUGGAUUGCACUGGUCUGAAUAUCGAAGUUGGGGGCAGCGAGCUAAAGGCCGGCUGAGUCACCAGUCGCUUGAUACUCUAGACGGUAAUGUGAGAGCCUCUUAACUCUUUCAGACCAAGGGAAAAUAGUAAGUUUGAUCCGGACGAGGCGGCCGUGCUACUGAACAAAGGCUAAAUAAACACAAGAACUGAUAAUUCAAAAAUAGUGUAAAGAGAUUUGACCAGACUUCAAAUUUUUAGGCAACUUCCAGGAUCAAGUUUUCCAUUUGGAGGAUUUCGUUUUUUGAUUUCGACUUGCUUUAAUACUUGGCUGGUUGUUGACUACUUCAUUCAUGAAUUCUUCAAUGAUCUCUAGCCUAUUUGCCUCCCACAAUUUUUAUGGUCAAAAUACCAUUAAAGUGGAUUGCCACGAACAAUCCUAUUUGAUUGGCACGAACCAAAUUAUUUGCUGACAAUAGAGUCGUUUAGCAAAUCUGGUUGUUCGUGCAAUUUUUAAGGUUUUGUGUAUAACAGAACCUUAUUAGAAUAGAUUCAAUUUCUGUCUGUCUGCUUGUCUGUCUGUCACACCCGAUUUAUUCAGAAACAGCUAAGGCUAUUGUCACAAAAUUUGGUGAGGAAAUGUGGCCUGUGAAUCACUUUACAUAAAGCAGGUGGCGCCAUUUUAUGUUGAGCUUAAGGGAGGAAGGCCCCCCAUACAUGUGAAAGAGGAGAUGUAUUUUUUUUUUUCACAGAAUAUGGCCAUAUGGGUUAUCAUAUAAAAGGAUUCAAUUAGUACUUCUCAAAAUGAACUUUUGAUAUCCGGUGAAACAUAUGGGAGUGAGGGGUCAAAAUGCAUGCCUUAAAAAGUGUAGUAGGUAUCUUUCUCAGUACCUAUUUAACCGAAAAAUCUGAAAAAAAUCACAAUGGUGCAUCGUAAUCUAGACCUCAAAAUACAUCCCCUUUGGAUACCUGCUCAAAAAAAGUUAAUUAUAGUAUAUUGCCAUAUUUUAGAAAUUUAUCUGAAAACCCUCUUUAAGUUCAUUCUAGAAGUGUUAAAUUUGAUACCAUAAAUAAGAAUAUAAUACACGAGUUUGAAAAAUUCUAACUAUUAUUAACGAAGUUAUUGUGUAUUUUAGUGUGGUCAGUGUCGUAAAAGAAAUAUUGCUGCCCUUUCUUUAAAUGUCAAAGGACUUGAAAUUCCUGGGCGUUUUUCAUUGUUAAAAACUUGCAUUUAUUGUCAAAGUCAUUUGUUAACUCCUCGU